AUAUCUACUUAUAUAUACCACGAUAUACGACUCUGUACCACCUCUAACACCGAUACCGGCCAACGAACGCCAUGUGUCGCAACCACCGCACGACUUAUGCCUGCCACCACACCGCCGACACCAUAACCCUCUGUCCGGCCGCCCUCGCACCCCUCCUAACGCACUGCUCGCGCUUCCCGUACACGGCUCCUCUCCCCACAAGAGCGGAACUAGGUACUCACGACGUCAUUCUCGCCGGUGACACUCCCAUUGCCCUGUGCGAGGACUGUAGGCGUGACGAGGAGUGCAGGGUCUGGGCUGAGGUGAUCGGAGUCAAUGUUGACAGCUGUCCGGACUGGCUGAAAGCGCUGAGGGAGGAGGCGGCGAAGCAGAAGGGAAAGGAGAUGGAAAUGGGGAAGGGUGUCGAGACGGCGAGGAAAUUGAAUCGAGGCCUGACGGUGCUCGUUGACCCGGCGGUUGAGACGUGCUUUCCACCCAUUGCGGGCGCGAACGUAUUCGAUUGUGCUAGUGAUACGGUGAGUGGAGUGGCGAAUGCUCGUGUCAAGACGGCUUCUGCGACCGGAGUUACUGUCUUCAACGACCAUAGCACUCUCACCGAUCAGCCAGUCGUAAACGCCGAGAAGACCUCUGAUAAGGGCUCAAGUCGAUCGCUCAACUGCGCAUACACCGGUGGUCUGGGUCUCACAGUCAACACAGUACGCCAAGGCGCCCUGGGUGGGGCUUUGAAAGGUCUGGAGAAGCCUGCGCACCAGGUCAAAGUGAGCAAGGUGGACAAGAAGCCGGACAAAGCGUCCAAGAAUGCGCACAAGGUGGUUGAGAAGGAUCGGAGAACGUUGUCGAGGAUGUAGAUGGUCGGAGAGGGUGUAGGGGGCAAUACGGCUCUUCUAUUAGAGCAUAGAGCUAUGGUGUUGAGGGGUCGGGUGCAGUGGGUUCCCAAGGAGGGUUGCUCAUGGAGGAUUGUGCGAACUUUGCGGCUUGAUGUUGGAAUUGAGUAUAUGAGUAAAGGGCCACUUAGGAACACAUCUCCAUCUUUUACUGAACUUCAAUAGCACUGAUAUAGGUGGUAUGGAGGGGCUGUUAAGACAAUUUCUUAACCGAUACAUAACCCUAU